AAAUCUUUUUAAAAUAAAACCGGAAGUGUCACCUAGUCAAAAAUGGGUCACAGGUAGUAGCUAAACGAAAGGUGAAUCUCAACAUGGCGCUUGUUCGGCGCUGUUUGUGCUGGGACCUAAGGACGGCUACAUUUGCAAAUCUAGUAACCAUCGUGAUUUUAGCUGGAGGUGCUCUUCUUCUGCGUCUUUUAGACAUCGGAGCAUUUAUAACAGAAUUUGAAAUAAGCCAGGGCUUUAAGACACCAUGGAGAUCACAUGAAUGGCAAGCAUUUUUGGCAAGUGAUGUGGUUGUCAUUUUUUUCCAUGUUGUCAUCAUUUUGUUCACUAUCUACAUGAUUUACAUGGUCACACAAAAGCACUUUGUGUUGUACAUGGAGACCCUGCGGACAUUUACCUACAGCUUCAUCAUGUACAACUUCAUUGAGUUUUGCUUUUCUGUAUUUGAAUUUUCCUUUUAUGGACUCAACACAUUUAGGCUGGCUUUUGUUGUGUUUAUUUGGUUAUAUUGGCUGGCCAGAUUAAUUGCUGGAAUUAUCAUCACUAUAGUGUUGUUCUCAAGGCUAGAUGAAAUGGAAAAUGAGAUGGCCUAUGAGCUAAGAUCCUCAGACAGAAAAUAUGUUCAUUCUUACUCUGCUUUGGGUUAAAUAUUUUUCUUUAGCUCUCAACCAGAACGUGGAUGAUUGACCAUUUUGUAUGCUCUACUGAAGGAAUUUAGUCUAGUUUAAUUUUUCUGUACAAAGUUUUAAAAAUUCAGUAGUUACUAGAAUUGAAAGGUAUGAAAUGUAUUUUUUAAAAAUAUUAAACUCGGUUUUUGCUAGCAUUCUGAAAUGCUACUUGAUAAAGAGAUCAAUGAGCUGCUAUUUCUUUACAACUGUAAAAAAAAAAAAAAAUGUAAAUACUAGUGUAUAAAUAAUCUAUGCAUUCAUUCAUACAUCAUACACAUUUGUUUGAUCACUCCAUUGAACAGAUCAAACUCCGUCGAACAGUUUCUAAGUUCCCUUUUUUUUUUUUUUUUUUUUAAAACAAGAUUGAAUUAUAUUUUUUAAUCUAGUACUAGAGUAUUUCAAAGAAUAACAAGCAUCGAUACACAUAAAAAGAAAAAAAAAACAGAUUUGCUGCUGCAGUAGUGGACAACUGUAUAGAAAUUGCAAUAAACAUAUAUAUAUAGGAAAUUAUGCUGGGCCAGGUAAAAAGUUACUUUACUUUGGUCCAGUAGAAGGAUAAAACAUUCCAAGACAUUGUUGAUGUUAGAAUAAAUAUCUGUUUCAAACAUCCUUUUUUUUUUUUUUUUUUUUUUUUUUUCACUCUUCACAUACAUUCCUUAAUAUUAUACCAGUUAUUAUUUGAAAAUAUUUUUUGUAAUAAAAUUAAAAUGUGUACUAACGAA